AUGUCUCUUAUCGCAGCUAGAGGCAGGAUAGCCUCCAUGAGAAUGAUAAGGAGAGCUCUUCCAGGUGUUACAACUAUUGCAUUGACUAGAAAUUUCCAUCAGUCAAUAAAAUUACUUGAGAAAAAUAAAGACCCAAAGAACUACUUUAAUGACCUUCAGAAUAUGUUCAAGAAAUUUGACAAGAAGAAGUACGGCCUUGAAAUCAGUUCACAUAUCCAUGAUCCACGAGAAGCAUUUGCAAAGAAUUUGAUAACAGAUCCGGGGAUCGAUGUAUCAUCAGAUGCAUUUGAUCCUGCCUUUGCUCACCGAUUACAAGCAGUCUAUUCAUUUUGCAUAGAAGAGUGUCGUAUACAGUGCGAGUUGAUGAAGAAGCAUGACCAGAAAUAUUUGAAUACCAAUUAUCAUACAUUAUUUAAGCAGAUGCAAGAAACGUUUCGUAGCCAAAACCCGGGUCUUGCGCCAUUAAAAGAAGAAGAAAUAUUGAAGUGCUUUCAGAUUUUCUAUGUAAUUCUGAAUAAUUUCGUAUACCUAGAUGAGUUGAGGUUUAGUAAUGGAAAAGUGAACCGCAUGUUAAGAUUGUAUUCCAACUUAUCUCCAACUGCCAACAUGCAUGAUUUUAUUACUGAUUAUGCAACUAUGUUUAAAUUCGACCCCGAAGCGGUAAGAUCAUGGCACAAGAUUUUUGACACGUUGGAAUCGAUUCCACUUUCUAACAAAGGAAUUGCCACCAACAAGCUUUGUCCAGAUAGCUAUGAAUUGGAAAGAUUUGGUGAGAUGCUUACAAAUGACAUUAAGAACCAGUUCUACAAGCCGCCACAAGACCCUUUUUCAGAGCUGAAACCUUCAUCAUCAGACCUGAAAAAGUCUUCAUCUGAAUCGAAACCACCCAAGAAGGAUAGUGACUCCAAUGUUAUUACUUUUGAUCUCCAUCCCCAAAAAUUGUUUCAAUUCGGUGCAUUAUUUGGUCUUACUUUGUAUAUCCUUUAUUCCAUGUAUUCAGAAACUGACGAAAACGAGAUCACUUUCCAAGAAUUCACUUCUAAGUUUUUAUCACAGAAUUUGGUUUCCAAAGUGAUUAUAAUCAACAAUAGAACUGCCCUUAUUGAACUUAAUUCCAAUGGUAAGGCACAAUAUUCCCAUCAUCAAGGAUCAUUCUAUUUUGCAAUUGGAUCCGUAGAAACAUUCGAACGUAACUUACGUGAAGUUCAAGAUAAGUAUGGAGUUGCUCCAUCAAUGCGUGUUCCAGUGUUGUAUACCACACAAGGAAGUCUCGCCAAGAUGAUUAUUAACUUCGUUCCAACAUUAUUAUUCUUGGGUGCAAUUUAUUACAUGACCAAGAAAGCAGGUGCCGGAAUGGGAGGUAUGGGUGGUCCAAUGGGAUUUGGAAAAUCUACCGCUAAAAAAUUUAAUCAAGAAACUGAAGUCAAGAUCAGAUUUAAGGAUGUUGCAGGUAUGUCUGAAGCAAAGCAAGAAGUUAUGGAAUUUGUUAAAUUUUUACAAAAUCCUGAAAAAUAUGAAAAAUUAGGUGCAAAGAUCCCUAGAGGUGCAAUUCUUUCUGGCCCACCAGGUACUGGUAAAACUCUUAUUGCCAAAGCAACUGCAGGUGAAGCUGGAGUCCCAUUCUAUUCGGUUUCUGGUUCUGAAUUUGUAGAAAUGUUCGUCGGGGUUGGUGCAUCUCGUGUACGUGAUUUAUUCAAGACUGCCCGUGAAAACGCUCCAUCUAUUGUUUUUGUGGAUGAAAUUGAUGCUAUUGGUAAGCUGCGUUCUAAAGGUAAUAUGAGUGGUGCCAAUGAUGAACGUGAAACAACAUUGAACCAGCUUUUGGUUGAAAUGGAUGGUUUCGAUACCAGUGACCAUGUGGUUGUCUUAGCAGGUACUAAUAGGGCAGAUAUGUUAGAUAAGGCGUUAAUGAGACCUGGUAGAUUUGAUAGGCAUAUUCAUAUUGAUAAUCCAGAAUUACAAGGAAGAAAGGAAAUCUUUGAAGUACAUUUAAAAAAGAUUAAAUUGCAAAAGAAUAUUGAUCAUGAUUUGUCAGGCAGACUUGCUGCUUUAACACCAGGGUUUUCAGGUGCAGAUAUUGCGAAUGUUUGUAAUGAAGCUGCAUUAAUCGGUGCAAGAUAUAAUGCAGAAUCAGUAACUUUAAGGCACUUCGAAUUGGCAAUUGAAAGGGUAAUUGGUGGUAUUGAAAAGAAAUCCAAGCUUUUGAAACCAGAAGAAAAGAAAAUUGUUGCAUAUCAUGAAGCUGGUCAUGCUGUUUGCGGUUGGUAUUUAGAGUUUGCCCAUCCAUUGUUGAAAGUUUCUAUUAUUCCAAGGGGCCAAGGUGCAUUGGGUUAUGCUCAAUACUUACCUCCUGAUGAAUACUUAUUGAAUGUCAAGCAAUUGUAUCACAGAAUGACCAUGACUUUAGGUGGAAGAGUUUCUGAAGAGUUAAAUUUUAAUUCGGUUACCAGUGGUGCUCAUGAUGAUUUCAAAAAAGUAACUCAAAUUGCCCAAUCAAUGGUGUUGAGAUUUGGUAUGUCUGAAAAAGUAGGAUUGGUCAAUUAUGCUGAUACCCGAUCGCAAGAUGAUUUAACAAAGCCAUUUAGUGAAGCUACCAAUAAAUUAAUUGAUGAGGAAGUACAAAGAAUCGUUACUGAAUGUUAUACUAAAUGUAAGGAAAUAUUACAAGAGAAAUCAAAAGAAGUUGAAUUGGUUGCCAAUGAAUUGUUAACUAAAGAAAGUAUAACACGAGAAGAUAUGAUUCGGUUAUUAGGUAGAAGACCAUUCCCAGAAACUAAUGAUGCCUUCGAUAAGUAUCUUGCGAAUAAGCCUGCAUUUAAGAACGAGCAACCAGAUUGUGAGCAUAAGGAUGAUGAUGUGUACACUAAAGAGACAUAA